AUGCAGGUCGUCGACGACCUCCCCGUGUUGUUGGCGCAGGCGGCCGCGCUGAAUCAGCACUUCCAGGGACUCGUCGCGGCGCGGGUCGGACGCGGCGAGCACCGCGUCGGCGCCAUCAAGAGUCGUGCGCGCGCGAUCGAGAAGCUCUACCGGAGCUACGGGGGAGACGCGUCUCGCCUCGUGGACCUCGUGCGCACCAUCUGCAAAUUCGACACGCUGGACGACAUGAUCUCCUUCGUCGAGUCUCUCCGUGACUCGCCGCUCGUCGUCGUCGGCAGCAAAAAUUCGUUGACGACGGCGUUCGAUUCCAAGGAAUCCGCGGGCUACAGGAACAUCAAUCUGUCGGUCAUCGUCGUCGACGCCUUCACGUUCAGCCACGGCCUCGAAGCGCACGUCUCCGAACUCCAGCUCGGUCUCCAGUCGAUCGAGGCGCUUCGCGACGAGGCGGGCCACGCGCACUACAUCGAGUGGCGCGACAUCAAGGCGGAGUGA